ACUCGCAAUUCGCAAUCCACUGAAUAACAUUGCGAAUGAAGUAGAGAGGAACGUUCUUCGGAUGUCGCGAUCUGCGAGACCAUAUUAGAUUCCGUCAUACCCUAGAAGAUCUUUCGUGGGAGCUCUCCCCCUCCGUCGAGAGGAUUGACCGUGGAUGAUUCAUCUCGACUGACAACAACGUGAAUUUCGCGAGCCAGAAUCUGGCGCCAAGCAAAACUCAAUCGGCUUUUCCGACUGAAGUGCAGAAUGUCGGGCUUAGCAUCGCUCACCGCUCACUAUACCGACUCGGAGGAAGAGGAAUCACCGACGCCGACCGCCAAUGGGGCACCGAGUGCUCUGAAUAGGGACAUGCAAAGAGUUCUGAGAGCUCCGCCGGUGGCGCAACUUCGUUUGCAGAAUCUCCACAACCGUGUAGAGAUCACUCCAAACGGUUCCACGGGUCCGUUGGUUGCGUACGAUGGCCAUGACUCGGACGGGGAUCUGAACGACGACGAUGAGGACGACGACGACGCUUUCGAUGAUUCGAAUCCGGAGCCGGUCGCCAAGCCGAUGGAAAGCAGGGUCGAGUUGACCGCAUCCUCCGACGGACUCCUAGCAAGACCGAGCUCUCCCCAAGCUUACCAUCGACUGUUACAAGAGAAGGGGCCGCCCGUUCAACUGCCUCCUGAGCCGCCGACGAAAUGCAGUGACGAGUUGCAGAGGCGAAUAUCGGAGUUCUGCAAGAGGAGCGCUGAUGGAUUCGAUUUCCUCGACAGUAUUCAAAAGAAGAAAAGCUUCAGGAAUCCAUCGAUAUACGAGAAACUCCUAGUUCACUGCGACGUGGACGAGCUCGGGAGCAACUUUCCCUCUGAAAUGUUCGAUCCUCACGCGUUCCGGAAAGAAGAUUAUUACGAUGAUCUCGCACGGAAGCAAACGGAGGCGAUGCAUAAGCUAGAGAAGGAGAAGAAGAAGCCCGACUCGACGACCUCUGCAGUGGCAGCUACGAAAAAAUCGAAGUGGGAUCAAGGCGGAAUUGCAGCGGCUAGCGCGGUCGCCAGAAGCGUGGCGGCUCCAGGCUUGGUAACAAUGCCCACGGGCACGAAAUCCGUUGUCAUCAGCGGUAUCGGCUCACUUCCCAAGCCCAAAAAUCCUGUGACCCACGUAGGAACGUCAAUUGCCAGCAGACGAUAGUUUUGUGAAUACGUAUUGUACAUAAAUUUCGAGUAGAAUAAUUUAUUCGUUCUGUAUCU